AUGACGGACGUCGAAAAGCAGACGGAAAUCCGCGAAAAGAAAGCACGCAACUUGAUGCGUGAGCUCAAGAUCCAGAAGCUCUGCCUCAACAUCUGCGUCGGAGAAUCCGGAGAUCGUCUCACCCGUGCCGCGAAGGUUAGUUUCGAUUCGCAUAAAGUUAAACAAGUAAGAUUCUUUUUCAGGUGCUCGAACAGCUCACCGGACAGACUCCAGUGUUCUCGAAGGCCCGCUACACCGUCAGAACGUUCGGAAUCCGCAGAAACGAGAAGAUCGCCGUCCACUGCACUGUCCGUGGCCCGAAGGCCGAAGAGAUCCUCGAGAAGGGACUCAAGGUCAAGGAAUACGAGCUGUACAAGGAGAACUUCUCCGACACGGGUAACUUCGGAUUUGGAGUUCAGGUGAGCUAAAAAUUAUCACUAAAAUGAAUCAAGCGAUUAUCGGUGAUAUUUUCAGGAGCAUAUCGAUCUCGGAAUCAAGUACGAUCCAUCCAUCGGAAUUUACGGAAUGGACUUCUACGUUGUUCUCGACCGCAGCGGAGGAAGAGUCUCCAAGCGUAGACGCGUGCCAGGACGUAUCGGAGUGUCCCACCGUGUUGGACGUGAGGAGUCUAUCAAGUGGUUCCAGCAGAAGUACGAUGGAAUCAUCUUGCCACCAAAGCCAAAGGCCAAGAAGAACGUGUAUCGCCGCCGCUAA